UAACCAUUUUUCCUCGCACAUUAUUUGAAAAAAAAAACAAAAAUCGAGUCGGAUUAUCCAUAAUUUCCCAGGAAAAUUUGGUAGCUUUGUGAUGAUGACGAUAGAGGGAGUAAUGGAUACGGCGGUAUUGGAUGAUAUAAUACGGAGGUUAUUGGAGGGGAAAGGAGGGAAACAGGUUAAGCUUUCGGAGGGAGAGAUUCGGCAGCUCUGCAUUAAUGCUAAGCAGAUCUUCAUUUCUCAGCCUAAUCUUCUUCAGAUCAGUGCUCCCAUUCGAAUCUGUGGUGAUAUUCAUGGACAAUACCAAGAUUUAUUGAGGGUAUUCGAGUACGGUGGAUAUCCACCGGAAUCAAACUAUUUGUUCCUUGGGGAUUACGUAGACCGGGGCAAGCAAAGCUUGGAGACAAUAUGCUUGCUUUUGGCCUACAAAAUUAGAUACCCGGACCGGAUUUUUCUCUUGAGAGGGAACCACGAAGACGCCAAGGUGAACCGGAUCUAUGGGUUUUAUGAUGAGUGUAAAAGGAGAUUUAACGUCAGUCUUUGGAAACUUUUCACCAACUGCUUUAACCAUUUGCCCGUGGCUGCACUCAUCGAUGAGAAGGUGCUUUGUAUGCACGGCGGGUUGUCGCCGGAAUUGGAAAAAUUGGAUCAGAUCAAGGAGAUUGAGAGGCCGACGGAAGUUCCCGAUGGAGGUCUUCUAUGUGACCUACUCUGGUCCGACCCUAAUCCGAACGUAGAGGGAUGGGCAGAUAGUGAUCGAGGCAUUUCGUGCACUUUCGGUGCUGAUAUUAUCGCUAACUUCUUGGAUAAGAAUGACCUCGAUCUUAUUUGUCGUGGUCACCAAGUAGUGGAGGAUGGGUACGAGUUUUUUGCUAAUAGGAAAUUAGUAACAAUAUUUUCAGCUCCAAACUACGGUGGAGAUUUUGACAAUGCUGGUGCUCUAUUGAGUAUUGAUGAAGCUCUUGUGUGCUCCUUUGAGAUAUUGAAACCAGCAGUGCCAAGCAAUAAGGCCAAUUUAAAGAAGUUUGGUUUUUAUCUCAAAUUGAAUUCGAACCAACUUCUGAACCGGAAGUUCGAGUUUCUUGCAACUCGAACCAAGUUUGGGUUUAUUAGACCCCCUAUGCAAUGUAUCAUUAACUCUGUUGCAUCUAUGUUCAACAGCCACAAAAGAUCGGAACAACCUGAUGCGCCCGUGAACCAAGAAGUUUCCGGUAGGGAUAUCGUUGUUCGACACAUCGGAAAUCUCGGCAAGCUUGAUCGGAAAACUGUAUUUCGGUUUUCUUAG